CUUUGCUCCAUCUCUCAUCCCCAUCCCUUCGUUCUCUCUCCCAUCAACCAUCCCUCCCAGCAGCCAGCAGUCUCAUCACUUCUACGCGAUGAACCGCGGAUCCUCUCGCAAAGACCUCCGCUCCGAGCGUAUAAGCAAUACGCCCUACCGUCGCAACGAGAGACCAGUUGCGAAGCAGACCUCAUGGUUCUCCAAUCUCACAGCGUCCAUCACGUCCACCCUGUCGCGCUUCCGGUCACGCGAUGGCUCUGUCUCAGGCUCAGAGGACGAGUGGGGCGGUGAGGGGCCAGCCCACAUGGCCGGUCAAGACAUGUUCAGCCUCGCCGAGGCUGCAGGGCGGGGUGGCGAAGAGUUUGCAGAGCGCGCAGCGGCAUGGCGCCAAAGCAAACACAUGUUGGCCAAGCAUCCGUCGCCACCCACCACCUCGUGGAAUCAGCUCGACUUGGAGCCCAAGCGCGUUCGCCCCUCGGCCUCAAUGCCUUCCUUCCAGCCUUACUCUGCAUCAUCAAACCGCAACACACUAUUCCAGACCCCCUCCGCCCAGGUCGACCGUCCCAAUGGCAUCCCCGGAUCAGCGUCGAGCGCUGCUCUCCAGGCCUUGAUUGCGUCCAAGGCAGGAGGGCAGUACACGGCGCAAGACAUUGCAAGCAUGGAGGCAUUGCUGCGUAGCGUCAAGGCCGAGACCAUGGCAUCGCAGCCGACUGGCGGUUGGAGCGGUGCGCUCACUACCAUUCGUGCGGCAGAAGCGUCGACCCCCGGCUCGGGCUUCUCAGUUGGCUCCCCCCCACCCGCCAAUCGCUCCGUUUCCACCCCCCGGGCCAGGUAUCUAGGGCCGGGGAUGAGCCCACGCCGCUUCAAUAUGACUACAGGCGUGCGCUCUCUCUCCAACCUCUUCGACGAUGACACAUCGGGCAAGAGGCGCAAGACUCUCCCCGAGGUCGAGGUUGAAAUGCUCGAUGACGAGACUUCCAAUGGCACUUCACGGUCUACCCGCGAAGCUUCUGCCGCCAGUAAGGCCGCCGAGUACAACCAGGACUCUCGCGCGCCCUUGCGCGCUGCCCUUCGCCCCUCGCCUUUGGCGCAGAGUAGCGCCGCCUCCCCUGAACACGCCCCGACCCCCCGCGACAUCGGUCGCAAGCGCGUCAACGACCUCAUCCAGGACGUGCUCGAAAACGAGAUUCUGCCUCAUGAGGAGCGACCCGCGCCUGUGUUUAACCCAUAUGAAGCCUCCAUCCUUCCAGCAGGCAAGCAUUACAGCCCAUACGCGUCUCUGCGCCACUCGUCGAGCGAAAGUGUGAACAUGCGCCGCUCGCUGAGCGCCAGCCGCGGGGCGGCUGCCAAACUGGAUUCGGAGCGCAUGAAGGCCUCGACAUCCGGCCGCCCACUCUCAACCCUGGAUCUAAUCAACCGCGGUCGUCCCUCCCCUGCCCAGACACAGAGAACACCCGCCCAGUCGCAGGCGGCGGAGCGUCCCCCGAAGAAGCAGAAAAAGGUUGUCGACGAGCCGAUAGUAACCGACGAUGAUGAUGAGCUUUCCCCACCCAAGCAUGCUGCGUCAACCACGCCCAGCUCUACAUCCGCAUUUGUGCUCACCCCGUCACGCCGAACCCCUGCCGCUGUCACCAUUGAGGAGCCGGAGCCGGUCUCUGCCUUCCCCACUCCCUCCCUAUCCCAGUCAACGCGGGCCAAGCCGCCUCCCGCGCCAAAGCCCGUCGCCGCUGCACCGGUGCCCUCUACAUCCGACUCAAUCAUUGCUGCAUCCAAGCCAGCUUCAGCACCCGCAUUCUCGACCCAGCAUCUGGGUCUUGGCCCGCCCCCAAUUGCCCCUGCGGCGACCCCUUCCAAGUCUCGUACGCCCAAGCUACCAGAGCAGGGCACCCUUUACAUGUCGGCUAAGGACACGGCUCUGAAUGUGGACAAGAACACCCUGCCGUUCUACACCUUCACCCUUCCGCCCGGCUCGGACCAGCCGCAGCCCAGCGUGACUGUCAAGGGGAUCGUCUCUGCGGGCCCACCAAAGACCGACGGAUUCGCAUUCGAGAUCUCCAACACCGCGCAACCUACAUCCUAUUACUCUCCGCCCGCAGCUUCAACUUCCUCCAACCCUCUGGCAUUCUUCAGCCAAGCAAACCAGGGCGACACAUGGAAAUGUGACGUGUGCAUGCUGAAGAAUACUGCCGCCAACACCGAGAAGUGCGGCGUUUGCGAGGCCCCUAAGCCUGGUGCCAAGGCAGCCACAGCAUCGGCUACACCGACUGCCAUGCCUUCGGCCCCCAGCGGCGGGUUCGGUGGGUUCACGUUUAAGCCCCCCGCAAAGCCUGAGGGUGUGUGGACUUGCGAUGUUUGCAUGCUCCAGAAUACUGCCGCCGACACUGUGAAGUGUAGCGUGUGCGAGGCACCCAAACCCGGCUCCAAGCCUGCGGCUUCCACUCCCGCUGCCUCCGCACCCCCUGCUGCCCCGUUCGUGGGAUUUGAUUUUGGAGGUGCUGGCCUCAAGCCGCCAGCGAAGAGUGCUGGCGAGUGGGACUGCGACGUUUGCAGUCUAAAGAACCCUGCGACUGCGACCGAGAAGUGCACCAUCUGCGAGGCGCCCAAGCCUGGAGCAAACGCCGCUGGCGCUUGUGCCCCCGCCCCUGCCUCCGCCUCCACCCCCCCGACCUCGGCGGCAAAAUCUGGCUUCAAGUUCGUAUUCGGCUCCAAGCCCGACGCGCCCGGCGAUUGGACGUGCGACACCUGUAUGCUCAAGAAUCCUGCCUCUGCGACGGAGAAGUGCUCCGUCUGCGAGACCCCGAAGCCUGGUGUUACCGUCAAGGCGGCGGCUAAGCCAGCUCUGUCAGUUGUCGCCCCUGCCGGCGGCUUCUCUUUUGGGGGCCAGACGUUCGCGGCGCCCACGAGCGGCUCCUCUCUCGGCGGCCAGUCGUCCUCGACCGGACCCGCUUCCGCGCCCGCGGCACCAUCCAGCGGCUUCUCUUUCGGCGGCCAACCGUUCUCAGCCGCCGCCCCUACUUCCACGCCGUCUGCAGUGCCAGCGGGCGGCUUCUCUUUCGGGGGCCAGCCAUUCUGGACUGGCCCUGCGCCCCCCGCCCCAACGGGGGCCUUCUCGCUCGGCGUUGAGUCCACACCAACUCGCGAGUCCAGUGGCUUCAAGCCGCCCCCUAUCGCUCCCGGCGGAUUCAGCUUUGCCCCGAAGCCGGCUGGCGGCAGCUCGUCGACCGCGCCAGCCGCGUCGCCGUUCAGCGGCUUCGGUGGGUUUGAGGCAUUUGCGCCGAAGGAGGAGGACCCGCUGGGCAAGCCGAUCCCUGUGUCUCGGGAGUGGACGUGCUACCUCUGCGGGCUGUUGAAUCCCGGCAGUGCAAAGUUGAAGUGCGAGAUAUGCGAAGCACCCAAGGCUGUAUAGUGUUGUUUUGCAUGUAUUUGUAAGCAUUUGACGUUGGCGUUGCGUU